AUGGAAGCAGCAGCAGCAGCAAGGUCGUUGGCGGCGGCAGCGGCAGCAGCCGGCGCAGCAGCCGGCGCAGCAGCCGGCGCAGCAGCGGCAGCGGCAUCGGCGGCGAUGGCUUUGAGGGCCGAACUGCUGCUGCUGCUGGCCCCGGGCGCCGCCGCCGGCUCGACCGGCAACACCGCGCUGGACCAGUGCGCGACGUGCGCGGCGGUCGGGGACGCCGCCGGGCGGUCGGCCUGCUUCUCCUGCGUCACCAGCCGCAAGCCCUGCGUCAGCUGCGUCGCCUUCCCGGGCGCCCCCAGCCUCGUGCCGCCCGCCGCAGUGCCCGGCUGCAUCGCGUGCGUGGAGGCGCGCGGCAAGCGGUUCGUGCCGCCGUGCGUCACGUGUGCGCUGACGAGGGAUGCGGCCAAGUGCGGCUCCUGCCUCUCCGGCUUCUACCCGGCCCUCACGUGCAAGACCAGCACGCGGGACAACUGCUAUGUUCCGGACGCCGAUAACCCCUGCGCCCGCUGCCAGUCCGUCGCCAAGAGCCCCAAAGCCUACGAUCAUUGCGUCAAAUGCUACUUGCGCCCCACCAGCUCGACGGACUGCGACACCUGCGGCGGGCUCCCAACUGCGGACGAGCAGCAGCGGUGCUUCGCCUGCGCUGCCGAGGCGCGCGCCGCACCCUCCGCCCGUGGCGGCGCCGGCGGCAGCGGCUGCGGCGGGUGCUUCUCGGUGGCGCCAAAGGGCGCGGCGCGCGACGCGUGCCUCGCGUGCGUGGUGGACCAGAGGACGCCCGCAGCCGCGCGGGAGCAGUGCAGCGCCUGCAGCGGCGCCGACCUCAGCGCGGCGCAGCGCGGCCGCUGCCUGCAGUGCGUGCGACGCAGCGGCGCGAAGGGCACCGCCUCCCCCACAGCCGCGGCCGCGGCCGCGCGGGCCUGCGGCGCGUGUGCGCGCGCGGGCGCCGACGCUGGCGCUUACUCCUCGUGCCUGUCCUGCUUCUCGCGCCCUGAGAGCGGCCCCGACUGCGGCGACUGCCUCGGCCUCGGGGCCGAGCACGAGCGCUCCAGGUGCUACCGCUGCGUCGCCGCCUCGAAGCUCAAGCCUCCAGAGGACGCCGGAGCGUCGCCGCUCGGCUCGUGCGCCGCGUGCGUCGGCGCGCCGCGCGAGCCGGCGUGCGUGGCCUGCAACGCGGACCCGCGGGUGUUGUCGGUCGCCAAGGGCUGGUGCGGCGCAUGCGCGGGGCUCGCGGCGGGCGGCGCCGCGGGCGACAAGGCCGCCGCUUCGUGCUUGGAUUGUUUGAGGAAGCGGCUGGGCUCGGGGGCGACUGCGGACGAGUAUCAGAAGGAGUGCCGCAUCCCUGUGCGCUAA